CACUUCCAUUCCCUGGUUAGAAGGAAGGAGAAAGACUGACACCCACCUUGAGCAGCUGACAGCUGGUUCCGGGUCACGCAGGGAGGCAGCAGCGCUAGCACAUAGUGGCACAGGGAGGAAGCGGCGUCGGCUCUGCUGCUGAGUUAGCGGGUGACGCGGUGUGAGAUCGGGCAGGAUGUCGCUUCUCCGUCUCCCCUCCUCCGCCCCGGUGUUCCGGGAGAUCAGCGCUGAGGAUGAGGAGCAGCAGCCGGUGGAGAUCGAGUCCUUGUGCAUGAGCUGCUACCAGAACGGGGUGACACGACUUUUGUUCACCAAAGUGCCUUUCUUCAAGGAGAUCAUUGUCAGCUCAUUCACCUGCGAUUCAUGUGGCUGGUGCAACACAGAGAUCCAGUCUGCUGGGCGGAUCAUGGAGCAAGGUGUCCGGUAUUCGCUUCGUGUCAGAAACAGGAGGGAUGUGAACCGUGAGGUGGUGAAAACAGACUAUGCAACAACCCGUAUCCCGGAGAUUGAUUUUGAGAUCCCUGCUUGUACGCAGAAAGGAGCUCUCACUACAAUUGAAGGAAUCCUUGAAAGGACUAUUGUGGGUCUGCAGCAGGAACAGCCCCUCCGAAGGGCUGAAGAUGAACAAGUUGCACAGAAAAUUGAUGAUUUCAUUACAAAAUUACAGAACAUGAAGGCUGGGGAGACUCCAUUCACUAUUGUCGUAGAUGACCCCUCUGGAAACAGUUUUGUGGAGAAUAUAUUUGCCCCCCAGAAAGAUGAAGCCCUUACAGUAACACACUACAGGAGAAGCAAAGAACAGGAUUCCUUACUAGGGAUAGAGAGCCUGAAUGGGCAGCACAGUUCUGACGAGACUUCUGAGGUCCAUGCAGAAGACAUGAGAGAUGAGGUGCUUCAGUUCCAGACUAACUGCCCCGAAUGUAAUGCUCCUGCAGCCACCAAUAUGAAAUUAGUGCAAAUCCCUCACUUCAAAGAAGUUGUUAUCAUGGCAACAAACUGUGAUGUCUGCAGCCAUCGGACCAAUGAGGUCAAAUCAGGAGGGGCUAUAGAACCUCUUGGCACCAGAAUUACUCUUCACAUCACAGACCCAUCUGAUCUUACAAGAGAUAUCCUGAAAUCUGAAACUUGCAGUGUCAGCAUUCCUGAACUGGAGUUUGAGCUGGGAAUGGGAGCUCUAGGGGGAAAGUUUACCACUCUGGAAGGACUCUUGAAAGACAUCAGAGACUUGGUUGUUCACAAAAAUCCCUUCACUCUUGGCGACAGCUCUACAUCAGACAGGAGGGAGAAAUUGCAAGAAUUUGGCAGGAAAUUUGAUCAGAUCCUAGAGGUACAGAUGAAAGCUCAUAUUAUUUUGGAUGAUCCAGCAGGAAACAGUUUCCUACAGAAUGUCUAUGCCCCGGAGCAGGACCCUGAAAUGACUGUCGAGAAGUAUGAGCGAUCCUUUGAGCAGAAUGAAGAUCUGGGUCUCAAUGACAUGAAAACGGAAGGCUAUGAAGAGGCAGCAACGACAUGUAGUUAACGUUUGACUUCUUUAUACAAUCCUCCAUAUCCUAGAAAACCAGAAGAGACAUUGAGUAUUUUAUACUUGUGUUAUAGAAGUGAAUCACAAUGUUACCAGCGGCUGCCGCCAUGUUUAUAGUACAUGGCAUGUCGUCUGAUAUUGAUGCAAUUGGGUAAAGAAUAUUGCAGAUGUAUCAAGCCUGGAGAAGUGAUAACGCACCAGCCAAUCGGCUCCAAUAUGUAAAUUUUACAGUUAGGAGCUGAUUGGCUGGUGCGUUAUCACCUUGCACUUAUCACUGCUUUAUCAAUUCUCCAGGCUUAAUACAUCUGCCUUAUUGUUUUUGUAGUCAAGCUUAAGACUAUGUAAAUCGGUGUUUCCCAGCCUCAGUCCCCAAGGCACACUAACAGUCCAGGUUUUAGGGAUAUCCAUGCUUGGUCACAGAUGGUUAACACAAAAUAACUAAGGAACUAAUUAAGUCACCUGUGCUCAAGUAUGGUUGUCCAUAAAAUCUGGAAUGUUAGUGUGCCAUGAGGACCAUGGCUGGAAACCCCUGCUGUACAUAAUCACAUGGAGGAGAUAUGCAGUUGAUACAUACAGGCCACUAUAUUGCAGUCUAACCCUAACACAGAAUUGUUCUAUCAAUUGUCGUGUGCUGUGGGCAUGUUUUUGGUUUGCGGUUCUUUUUUUUUUUUCAUUGCACUUUCUCCAUUUUUUAAUGGUGGCUUUCUCUCACAUUUGAGGGACCUAAAGGAGAUGUUUUGGAAAAGACCCCUAUAGUCAACCUAUAGCUUUGGGGGGUGUAGCAUUUCUUGAACACCAGUAUUUUAAGUUAACUUGGAAACAUAGCCACAAAGAAGCGUGGUGGUAUUUCUUUUUAUAUAUUUAUUUUUGGAAGAUAAAAAGCAGAAAAUAAAAUCCUUACAAUACCUGAA